CCCAAGGCACAAUACCGUCCUCCCGCCUUUCAGGACUUCCGCAUCCGGCCGCGCCAAGCUGGUGCUCUGGAGUACCACCUUCUUUUCUCCCUGCUACUUAACAUUCCAUUUCUCGACGGGCUCCCCCACCGGUAGUCCUCGGUCACAUCCCCGCCAGCAUGCGAUUAAUAUCCCUCGUCAUCGGCCUCCUGGUCGCCGUGCUGAACGCCCCGCAGGUGGCCGCCAUCAGGCUCAUCGAAUCCAAUGCCCUGAGUAUCUGUCAAGACAGUACCAACUUCACGGCCACCUACUUUAGUGUCACUUUCACCCCGGGCAACCGCUCGCUCGCCUUCAGUUUCGAUGGAGUGUCCGCAAUUUCGGGCAAGGUCACGGCCACCCUGGUCCUCGAGGCCUAUGGUAUCCAGGUCCUGACCAAGACCCUCGACCCUUGUGAGAUGGAUAUUAGUGGUCUCUGCCCCAUGAAUGCCGGUAGCAUCGACGUCCCCUCAGCCACAAUCACCGUCCCCGAAUCUGUCGUCAAGGAUAUUCCAGGCAUCGCCUAUACUGUUCCCGACCUCGAUGCCAGCGUGCGGAUCUAUAUCAACUCCACUGCAACGGGAGAGAGUAUCACCUGCGUCGAAGCAUCUCUUUCUAACGGCAAGACUGUCUACCAGAAGGGUGUCGGCUGGGCGACGGCUGUCGUCUCUGGCUUGGGUCUCGCGGCCUCCGCCAUUACUUCCGGCCUGGGUCAUUCGAACACGGCUGCUCACGUCGCAGCCAACGCUCUGUCUCUGUUCAGUUUCAUGCAAUCCCAAGCCAUGAUCGGUAUGACGGCGGUUCACAUGCCUCCGAUCGUGGAGUCGUGGACGCAAAAUUUCCAGUGGAGUAUGGGUAUCAUCCAUGUCGGCUUCUUGGAAACCAUCUGCACCUGGUAUCAACGAUCCACCGGAGGCACCCCUUCUACGCUCCUGUCGGAUCUGUCGACCACGUCGGUUGAAGCCUACAAACGCCGCAAGCGCUCUGUUGACGAAGAGAACAUUGUCCGCAGAGCCACCGGCUACUUCCACUACUACGAGAGACUGAGCCAAAAAUUCGCCAAACGCUCCACAGCGACCAACACUGCCACUGAUUCCAGCGUGAUUGUGCGUGGUAUCGAUCGGGUCGGUUUCCACGCCGGGAUCGAAGAGACCAAUAUCUUCAUGACUGGACUGAUCUUCUUUGUCGUCUUCGUUGCGUUGGUGAUGCUUUUUGUGGGGCUUUUCAAGAUUGGCUGCGAGGUCCUGGUCAAGAAUGGCAAGAUGAAGGGCGAUAAAUUCCAGGAGUUCCGCAACGGAUGGCAGGUUGUUGCCCGUGGAAUUCUGUUCCGACUGACGCUUAUCGGCUUUCCUCAAAUGUGCGUUCUCUGUCUGUGGGAGUUCACCCAGAGGGACUCGGCCGCAGAGAUGGUUCUCGCGGUAAUUAUGUUCCUCUCGGUCGUCGCCGCGCUGGGCUGGGCUGCCCUUAAGGUCAUGCAUCUGGCCCAGCGAUCUGUCGUCAUGCAUAAGAACCCGGCUUAUAUCCUCUACUCCGACCCAACUUGCUUGAACAAGUGGGGUUUCUUGUAUGUGCAAUAUCGCGCCACCGCAUACUACUUUAUCCUUCCCGUGUUGGGCUACAUCCUGAUCAAGGGCUUGUUUAUUGGCUUGAGUCAGCAUGCUCCGGUCGUUCAAACAAUCGCCCUGGUCAUCAUCGAGGCCUGUAUGCUCAUCGCCGUCAGCGUCCUACGCCCGUGGAUGGACAAGAAAACGAACGUGUACAAUAUCUCGAUCGCCGCUGUUAACUUCUUGAACGUUAUCUUCCUGCUGUUCUUCUCCAACGUGUUCAACCAGCCUGGAAUCGUCACCGGUGUCAUGGGCGUGGUUUUCUUCGUGUAUAACGCCGUGUUUGCCCUGGUGCUGUUGAUCCUGGUGCUGAUCGCGUCGGUCUAUGCCAUCUUCUCCAAGAACCCCGACACACGGUACCAGCCCAUGAGGGAUGACCGCGGGUCGUUCAUCAAGGGCCAAGGCCAGCAGCUGACGACCGAGCUGGAUGCCCUGGGUGCCACCGCGCGCGGCGACAUGAAGGGCUCUCCGUACCACAACAGUCCGUUUGAGGAUGAUAACGCGUCCUUCUCGAGCGGCAACGGUGCCAGUAUCAGCCGCCAGAACCUGGAGCCCCAUGACCCUUCACCACACCACACCGCGCGCCACUCGCCCGUGUCACCCGUUGACCCGUCCCUGCCGCUGUUCCCCAGCGACAACUCGUCCCGGAACGGCCCUCCGAGCUACGAGUCGAACAUCGGACGGUCACCAUCACCAGUGCCGCGGGGAUACAACAGCUCCCCCUUCCAAAACGCACAUGCAUACAGGCAACAAAACAACCCCAGCCCAUGGCAACGGGGGGCCGGUUACGACCACUGAAAGAUUAAUAUGAUUGCUUUCUAGCCUUGCUCGCGAUGAAGUUAUGGCUUAGUGCGGGAAUGGGAGGGAAGGACAAGGCGCGGGAAGAGUGAUUUCAAAAGACCGACUGUGAUCCGCCCACCAUAUACGUGCGCGAUUUUUUGCUUCUGAGCUGUUGAUUUUGCUUCUCUCCCAUUUGCCUGUCCAUUUGCUUCUUUUGGACUACCAUUCCUUGUCGUAUACUGUGAUAUACAGCAAAAUUUCUUUCUCUCCCUUAAACUACUUUUUUUUUUGCCACCACCAUUACUACUACUAUUACCAUCAUCGUCAUCCGAACCCUACCAAGGCA